CGCUCCCAGCUGCGGCCAUCUGCUCGCGCGCCCCUCCGCUGCUCCCGAGGCAGCCCGGCGGCACGCAGAGCGCCAAGGGACAGUCGCCGCACGUUCGCCCCCGCGCCUCGCGCUUCCCCGGGCGCCCCCUGGCGCGCACUCCGCGAGACCCGCUGCGGUCCGGGCCGAACGCGGGUGGGCGGGCGCAGGCGCCGGCGAAAGAGGGCGUCCGGCGAAGUCAUGGCCGCGGGGGCGGUGGCGCGCAAGGGGGCGCCGGUGCUGGAAGCACCCCCGCAGCCCGAGCAGAUCUCUCACACAAAGCUCUCUGCCGAUGAUGCAUGGAAUCUGCAGCAGGAGAGGAUGACCAGGCUGCACCGGGGCCACGAGUCCAUGCACGUGGAGAUGAUCUUGAUCUUCCUCUGCGCCCUGGUGGUCGCCCAGAUAGUGCUGGUGCAGUGGAGACAGAGGCACAGCCGCUCCUACAACUUGGUGACCUUGUUGCAGAUGUGGGUCGUUCCUGUGUAUUUCACGAUCAAACUGUACUGGUGGCGUUUUCUGUCUCUAUGGGGACUGUUCUCGGUCAUCACCAGUUACAUCCUCUUCAGAGCUACCCGAAAACCGCUCUCGGGGAGAACCCCCCGAUUGGUCUACAAAUGGUUUCUUCUCAUCUACAAGCUCAGCUAUGCUUUUGGUGUUGUGGGUUAUUUGGCUAUCAUGUUCACAAUGUGUGGAUUCAAUUUAUUUUUCAAAAUCAAAGCUAGAGAUUCCAUGGACUUUGGCAUCGUGUCCCUGUUCUAUGGCCUCUACUAUGGAGUAAUGGGGAGAGACUUUGCUGAGAUCUGCUCCGAUUACAUGGCCUCCACUAUAGGGUUCUACAGCAUCAGUGGGAUGCCCACAAGGAGCUUGUCAGAUGAUACCUGUGCCGUCUGCGGGCAAAAGAUCAUUGUGGAGCUCGACGAGGAAGGACUCAUUGAAAACACCUACCAGCUGGCGUGUCAUCAUGUCUUUCAUGAAUUCUGCAUUCGAGGGUGGUGCAUCGUUGGGAAAAAGCAGACUUGCCCUUACUGCAAAGAGAAGGUUGAUUUGAAGAGGAUGAUCAGUAACCCCUGGGAGCGCACACAUUUUCUGUAUGGACAAAUCCUGGACUGGCUUCGUUAUUUAGUGGCCUGGCAACCUGUAGUGAUAGGAAAAGUUCAAGGCAUUAACUAUUCUCUGGGGCUGGAAUAGUGCAGCACACUCGGGCUGAAGCAAUGCCUCGCAUGGUUGAAGAUUUCUAAACCUUUGGUCUUGUAUUUAAUAUUGAUGUUCUUUUUUUAAUUUUAGAAUCCCUCAGGAGUUUGGAAAAUUAAGAUCUGGUAUCAUACUUGAAGCAAUCUGUGUGGAAAGAACUCAAUAAAGUGUGCUUUCUCCAUCUUUCCCGCUACAAUCGCUUUCUAACCACGCAUGUGAUACAUUCGUUACACCCGUUUUUGGCCAUUCUGCCUCCAAUAUGACCAAUAACGAUCUCAUCUGUAAAAGGUUUCAGAGGUUUGCAAAAUACACACAGAAUUUAGUUAAAACUGCUACCUGAUCCUUAAUCCAACACCCUCACAGUAGGGAGCGUUGUUAAGUAACCUAUGGUUUGGGACCAGCAUUGUGGCAUGGCAGGUAAAGCCACCUGACAGCAUCUCAUAUGGGCGCCAGUUCGAGUCCUGGCUGCUGCACUUCCCAUCCAGGUCCCUGCUAAUGGCCUGGGAAAGCAGCGGAGGAUGGCCCAAGUCCUUGGGCCCCUGCCACCCAUGUGGGAGACCCAGAUGAAGCUCCUGGCUCCUGGCCCAGCCCUGGCCAUUGCAGCCAUUUGGAUAGUGAACCAGCAAAUGGAAGAACUCUGUCUCUCUGCCUUUCAGAUUAAUUAAUUAUUUUAAAAACUUUUGUUUAGGGGGCUGGCACUGUAGCUCACUUGGUUAAUCCUCCACCUACAGCGC